AUGACCAACUCCGUCUCUAUCGCUACCUGCGCCAUAUACGCAGUCCUCAUCAUCCCAGUACUCUACCUCCUCGUCCGACACGGUCGCUACGGCCUGUUAGGAUGGCUCUUCCUUUCCAUAUUCUGCGCGAUUCGCAUCGUCGGCGGCGCGCUGGCAAUAAACAACCCCAGCAUCGCCGCUAGUAUCAUCUCCAGCGUCGGUCUUUCUCCUCUCCUCCUCGCAACAGCUGGUAUUCUCCACGAGGCUCGAUACUAUCGCAUCCAAACCCUCGACAAAAAACUCGAAUGGGUCUUUGUUCUCGCCUACCACAUGCUCGUCGUCGCAGGCGUGGCCCUAACAGCUGCCGGCUCCGUAAAACUCCAGAAACCCAAGAACCCCCUGGACACGGCCGACCUCGAUAAGGCCGACAAAAUUGUCAAGGCAGGCAUCUCGAUUCUGGCGGUCGCGUGGGGGGUCUUAGUCGGGUGGACCUCGUUCUCGUUCAUUGCUCCCCGGGGACGCAAUUCCUCGCUCACGAGGGCAGGGAAUGUUCUGCUUAUCGCUAUUACCUUCUCGCUCGCCUUCAUCGGCAUCCGAGUCUUCUACAGUCUUGCUGCGCUGUGCACGCGGAGGGCAUCCCUUAAUCCCGUCACUGGGUCGCUUGCUAUCCGUGUGGUGCUGGGACUCUUGCCUGAGCUGAUUGCCGCGCUUGCCUUUAUUUUUGCGGGGAUUAAGACGCAGGAUGCGGCACCGUUGGCUCAGGUCGAGGAGGAGGUAGUUUCUGCUCCGCCGAAAUCGCGUGCUCAGCCUUGGAUAUAG